UUUAAGUAUCCUCUCAGUUGCGCGGAAAGUGUUUUGCGUUCACGAGAAUUUGACUGCCAUCGUUUAUCUCUCUAUUUUUCGUUGGAUUUUGAUUCUUGUUGUUCGAUCUGGAUUUUAUAUUGACGGAUCGGGGAGAUUUUUAUGUUUUAUUUGGCAGUCGGAGGUGGAUCGUGAUCGCUUUCUGCAAAACUUGAGCGGACGCUUGAUUGCAAUCGUGGAUUUCUUGGGAUUUGAUCGGUUGGAGUGGGCUGAAGGACGAGUUUGGUUCUUUGAGAAUUUGGAAAACCGAGGCGCAUGAACUGUUUGGGAAAGCUGGGUUUAAAUUUGAGUUCUAAUUCUAAUCAUUUCAUUCCGUGUCUCUUGCUUUUUCUCCUCCAUUAUUCGUCUCAAUUGACUCCUUUGUUUAAUUUGGAUAAUAAAUCCAUUGAUCCCUUGUUAUUAUUUGUUUUGAAUUCUGAUUCCAAUUGUUUACUUAAUAAUAAACCGACGACUUAAGUUCAUUGCUGCUCAUCGGUGACGAAUGGAGUCUAGUUCCAGGAGUAAUUCCCAACUUCGUAAAGCUCUCUGCCAAUCAAAUCCUGAGAAAGGACCGGUGAGAUCACCUUCUGUGAUUGUCAUUGGUGGUGGCAUUGCUGGAGUAGCUGCUGCUCGUGCUCUUCAUGAUGCCUCCUUUCAAGUUAUCUUGUUAGAAGCACGGGAUAGACUUGGUGGUCGCAUAUAUACUAAUUAUUCAUUUGGGUUUCCUGUUGACCUUGGUGCUUCAUGGUUACAUGGGGUAUGCAAACAAAAUCCGCUGGCCCCCUUAAUUGGAAAAUUAGGAUUACCCCUCUACCGAACCAGUGAGGAAAACUCUGUAUUAUAUGACCAUGACUUAGAAAGUUAUGCACUCUUUGAUAUGGAAGGGAAACAAGUUCCUCAAGAGCUAGUGACAAAAGUUGGAAAAGUAUUUGAGGCCGUCUUAGAAGAGGCUGAUAAAAUAAGAGAUGAAUAUACUGAGGACAUGACUGUAAAGCGUGCAUUCUCAAUUGUUUUUGAAAGAAGACCAGAAUUGAAGAUGGAUGGGCUUGCCCACAAGGUUCUUCAGUGGUAUCUCUGUAGGAUGGAAGGAUGGUUUGCUGCAGAUGCCAAUACUAUCUCACUAAAAUGUUGGGAUCUGGAAGAGCUGCUGCCUGGAGGUCAUGGGCUAAUGGUAAGGGGAUACCUUCCUGUUAUCAACACUCUUGCAAAGGGUCUUGACAUCCGUUUGGGUCAUAGGGUUACAAAAGUUGUUAGACGAUAUAAUGAAAUUAAGGUCACGGUCGAAGACGGGACAACAUUUGUUGCUGAUGCUGCAAUAGUUUCUGUCCCUCUCGGGGUGCUUAAAGCUAAUACCAUAAAGUUCGAGCCGAAACUCCCAGAUUGGAAGGAAUCCGCCAUAUCUGACCUUGGAGUAGGGGUGGAGAACAAAAUAAUACUGCAAUUUGAACAAGUUUUUUGGCCGAAUGUGGAGUUUCUAGGAGUAGUGGCAGAAACAACAUAUGAAUGCAGCUACUUUCUCAAUCUUCACAAAGCCACUGGGCAUUCUAUUCUCGUUUACAUGCCUGCCGGGCAGCUGGCUGAAGACAUAGAGAAAUUGUCCGAUGAAGCUGCUGCUAAUUUUGCUUUCACACAACUCAAAAAAAUUCUUCCGGAUGCUUCUGAACCGAUCAAUUUCCUUGUUUCCCGAUGGGGAACAGAUAUUGACACACUUGGAUCAUACAGUUAUGACAUAGUUGACAAGCCCAGUGAUCUGUAUGAGAAGUUGAGAAUCCCCAUCGAUAACAUAUUCUUUGCAGGGGAGGCAACUAGCACAAGCUUCCCAGGGUCAGUGCACGGUGCGUUUGCUACGGGUGUAAUGGCUGCGGAGGACUGCAGAAUGCGCGUCCUCGAGCGCUAUGGGGAGCUAAAUAUAUUCCAGCCAGUCCUAGCUGUGGAGCCGGUAUCAGUACCUCUACUGAUCUCUCGCCUGUAAGUUGAAGGGUUCCUUCAAUAUGUUUGUUCGGUAUUGAUGGGUUUGGCUAGUCAAGUGGUAUAGAAAACAUCACUGUUUUUGCAUAUCAGUAUUUCAGUCAAAUGUUCUUAUAGAUUUCUUACAAGUUGCACCUGGAUUUUGGUAGUAGUGAUUAGGAAUUAUGCUUUAGUAUAGACUUUUCUCCUUGAUGUCAUAAAACAUAUCCAACUGUCUUUAGUCUCUGUUUUUGUCUUUAUGGACAUUUACAUUUUUUCUCCUAUAGUUCGUGAUGUAAUCGAUAAUGAUUAUUAUUUAUCAUGCAAUGUUAACGUCAGUUUAUGCGC